AUGACGAGUAAGACGUGCGAGAAGAGGCGGCUGACUCGGCAAGCCCUUUUGGACUUUGAAAACUAUAGUUGUUUCCAGGCUCUUUACAGCGAAGAUUGCGCACUAGGGGACCCCAUUGGCUAUGUUUUCUGUGCUUUUGAGAUCGGUCAGACUCCACUUAAGGCUCUCUGUCUCUCUCAUUUCGUCUCGCUGGUGGUCGGAUUCCAUCAGAAAUUAGGGAAAAUGAAUUUCAAGAACGUGAAGAUUCCAAAUGUUCCGGGUGGUGGUGCGGCUUCUGCUUUGAUCAAGUUUGGAGCAAUUGCUGGGCUUGGCAUAUACGGAGCUGCUAACAGUCUCUACAAUGUUGAAGGAGGAAAUCGAGCUAUUGUCUUCAACCGUAUUAUUGGCGUCAAAGAUAAGGUUUAUCCUGAAGGAACGCACCUGAUAAUCCCAUGGUUUGAAAGACCAAUCAUAUAUGAUGUUCGUGCACGACCCCAUCUGGUGGAGAGCACUUCGGGUAGUCGUGAUCUCCAGAUGGUAAAAAUUGGUCUUCGAGUUCUGACUCGUCCUGUACCAGACCAAUUACCUACAAUUUAUUGGACUCUUGGUGAGAACUAUAACGAAAGAGUACUGCCUUCAAUUAUUCACGAGACUUUGAAAGCUGUGGUUGCACAGUACAAUGCAAGCCAGCUCAUUACUCAGAGAGAGAAUCCACCUGCUGAGAGGGCCAAGUUUGUUGUGGAAAAGGCUGAGCAAGACAAGCGAAGCGCUGUAAUCAGGGCACAGGGUGAGGCUAAGAGUGCCCCAGCUGAUCGGCCAAGCUAUUGCCAACAACCCAGCAUUUAUCACGCUCAGGAAAAUUGA